ACUGCGGGGGCAGACGGAGCGGAUUGCUGCAGUCCUCGACAGCGGAAAGAGCCUCAAAUAAGGAUUUUUGUAUCGAGCUGUAUCGACUCACAACUCCCGCUUUUGUUUCAUUUUCGCCCGCUUCUCGUUGGACUUCGACAAACGGAACUUUUCGCUUCUCUGGAGUUUGGAAAGCCGUUUUUUUCAGGUAUGGACAGUCGGCGACCCGCUGCAGGGAGCGACUGGCCGGUGUUCACUCAGUAGUCGCGGGAAUAAAACUGUAAACUCGCCGUCUAGGACUUUUACUGGAUGUUUGAUGAAGCGCCUCGCUAUUUUGGUCAGUUCUGGGACGCCGUGGAUUUACCAGGUUCAGGAACGGAUAGAUACUCGUGAUUCCCGGUCGACGACAAGAAGGAUUUACGCUUCCAAAGUUGCAGGAAAAACAUGGAGACUGUAAGUCGGCAGAGCUUCCAGCCUCAUCCGGGACUGCAACAAACUCUCAAGCAGUUUCACCUCAGCUCUAUGAGCUCUCUGGGCGGACCGGCGGCUUUCUCUGCCCGGUGGCAACAUGAGCUCCUCUUCAAGAAGGACGGUAAGGAGCCUGAGCCGGUUCUGCAGCAUCUGCCACCGCCGGUGAUGCCGGGCCCGCUGUUUAUCCCGUCGGACCGCUCCACGGAGAGGUGCGAGACGGUGCUGGAAGGCGAGACCAUAUCGUGCUUUGUGGUCGGCGGGGAGAAGCGACUGUGCCUGCCGCAGAUCCUCAACACGGUCCUGCGGGACUUCACCUUACAGCAGAUCAACUCAGUGUGCGACGAGCUGCACAUCUACUGCUCCCGCUGCACGGCGGACCAGCUGGAGAUCCUCAAAGUCAUGGGGAUCUUGCCCUUUUCGGCGCCGUCCUGCGGUCUCAUCACCAAGACGGACGCCGAGCGGCUCUGCAACGCCCUGAUCUACGGAGGUGCCUACCCGCCACGCUGCAAGAAGGAGGCGGGUGGAGGCUCGCUUGAGCUGGAACUCACCGAGAGGAGCUUCAAAGUCUACCACGAGUGCUUCGGCAAGUGCAAGGGCUUGUUUGUGCCGGAGCUGUACUCCAGCCCCAACGCAGCGUGCAUCCAGUGCAUGGACUGUAGACUCAUGUACCCGACCCACAAGUUCGUGGUGCACAGCCACAAGGCGCAGGAGAACAGGACUUGCCACUGGGGCUUCGACUCGGCUAACUGGAGGGCGUACAUCCUCCUGGGCCAGGAUUACACGGGGAAAGAGGAAAAGGCCCGUCUGGAGCAGUUCCUGGACGAGAUCAAGGAGAAAUUUGACUUCGCCAACAAAUACAAGAGGAAAGCAUCUUCCAGGGUGUCUGAUCCCAUCCCGAUCAAAAAGUCCAAACAUGAAGACUUCCCGUCACAGUCCCCGCUGGCUGACAAAGACAAACAUCACGACUGGCUCCAGUCCCUGUCCGCCGCCAACAAGGGGUUUAACUGCAUUCAGCCCAGGCAGAGGCCCUCAGCUUUCAGACCCUGGUCCCCCCACAUCUCUGCUGGUGACAAGGAGCCCUCCAGUCACCCCCUGGCCCUGCUGAGAGACAGCUUCUACAACUACAAGAGUCUGGAGAAAGCUGUAGCCCCCAAUGUUGCCCUCACACCGCUGCCCCUGGGAAAGAUGGGUCCCAUGUCCCCAUCAGUACCCAGCACCUCACACCCAAGUGGAGGUGAACCCCCAGGUGAGGGCGCCAACGCUAACUCCAGGCCUCGCAAGAGGAGAGCCACAGGCGAGCUCCCACCCCCGGCGCCAGAGGCCCCCUGCCCUCCGUCCUCAGCUGCCAGCAAGCCGCCCCCACCGCCUCAGGACGACAAAGACUCUGAGGUGGAGAUCGAAGUGGAGAGCCGUGAUGAAUUCACUUCAUCCCUGUCCUCCCUGUCGUCACCAUCCUUCACUUCGUCCAGCAGCUCAGCUAAGGACCUGAGCUCGCCAGGAGCCCAAGGGCCCAUCUGCACUGUCACAUUGGCAGAGGGCACCGCGCCCGCAGCGGCACCCGUCGCAGCCCCUGUUACCCCUCCAGAACUGGGGCUUGAGUCGGAGCUGGAGAGCCUGAGGCAGGCACUGGACAGCGGACUCGACUCCAAGGAAUCAAAGGAGAAGUUUCUGCAUGAGAUUGUUAAAAUGAGAGUGAAGCAGGAGGAGAAGCUGGGAUCUGCCCUGCAGGCCAAACGCAGCCUCCAGCAGGAGUUGGAGUUCUUGCGAGUGGCCAAGAAGGAGAAGUUGCGGGAGGCGACUGAGGCGAAGCGAAACUUGAGGAAGGAAAUUGAGCGUCUGCGAGCUGAAAGCGAGAAGAAGAUGAAGGAAGCGAACGAGUCGCGGAUCCGUUUGAAGCGGGAGCUGGAGCAGGCCCGACAACUGAGGGUCUGCGAUAAAGGCUGUGAGGCCGGACGUCUUCGUGCAAAGUACUCUGCACAGAUUGAGGACCUCCAGAUGAAGCUGCAGCACGCCGAGGCCGACCGUGAGCAACUCCGAGCAGACCUGCUGCUGGAGCGGGAGGCCAGGGAGCACCUGGAGAGAGUGGUGAAAGAGCUACAGCAGCAACUCUGGCCCAAAUCCAGCAGUGACAAAGAGGUGACGCUCAAAGACACAUCAGCUGACAACUAAUCCAGCAGCCAAUCUCACCGCCCCACCAUUCCCCCCAUCACCAUGAUCCCAACAUCUUCUGCCCAACUCAGACCAUAAACACCCCCAGGAGUCCCGGGCUGGCCACAUUGCGCCACUGUCCAUCAGGCUCUCCCUCCAGAACACGAAAAUAAAAGACUUACCCUCUGACCAGAGACAGAGAGAGGAAAAGAGGACCUGUGUCCUUAUCCAUGCCCAUGUAAAGUCGAGUGAGUGGUUUAGUGAAUGGAGACUGGAAACAGCAAAGUACAAUGCUGCAACAAGAAAACACAUCUUUCUAAAUCAAGCACUGACUUGCACCUUCCAGACUCACAGAACUCACAGGAAUGAAAGAAAAACAGAUGCAGAGCACAAGACUGUUUGUGCCUAUAUUUUGUCUGACAAGAAAAUCGGAUGAGACUUUUGGACAGUCGUCUGUGAUAAUAAAUGCUGAAAGAUGAUCAUAUUAUAUGAGUUAUACAGCUGUGGAGAGGUGUUACAGCAGUGUGACCAGGACAGGGCUCACAUUUAUCCCCCAAAAAGUCUCCACGACCAUCCCUCACCAUGACAAAGAUGGAGGAUUCUGAACACAUUAUAAGCUAUUUAAGAGACUAUAUAGCGAUAUGUAAAGAAAAAAGUAAGACAAAGAAAAACGUUUCUUUGUUUCUCUGUGCUGUUGGAGUUUGAAAAUAUAAAAAGAUACAAAUAAAGUAGAAGAUGAACAAAACAAGUAAAUGAACUUUCCACAGUGCCACCGUGGCUUUGUCGGUUUUUCAGGAAGCCAUUACAGUCCACUGAGAGGAAAAGCAAGGAGUUUGAAGUUCAAGCGAUCUGUCUUUUCUUCCUGUUGUUGUUUUAUAGAAUCACUUGUUUCUCUGAACAGUGGGUGGGCUUUUGGGUUGACAUUUUGCUCUCUUUGGAUCAAAUCCUGGAUUGGGAAUUGGAAAUAAAAACAUGCUGUGUUUUAGUCACCUUUGUAGUGAGCACUCGUUUGGAUGAUCAAUAACGAUAUCCAGCGGUCACCAUCUCAGUGUUGCUCACACACAAACACACACGAACACUGGUUGGCAUGUGUUAUUUUAAGCAUUUGGGUCAAAACCCCCUAAAGUCUUUGUCUUCUAAAGAUAAAAUACUCCAGAUGUGAGUGUGGCCUUGUUUUCUCAUCUUGUAAUGUUUGAGUGAUGAAAGCCAGCAUGUUUUUACUCCAGUUGACAUCAGAACCAUCAUGUAUGAAAUCAUAUUGGGCUGGAUGGGGCAACCUUGGCAAGAACCACAAAAUGUUCAUUUUAAUUAAAUUAAAGUAUGUAAAUAUAAAUAUAUGUUGUUUUUUUUUAACUUUACAAUAAUGAAUCGCACUUUGUCAUAACAAAAUACUGUUAUAAUGCAUUGUACUCCCAUUAUUGUCUUCAAUCUUACUUUGAAAACAUCAUCUUAUACAUAACUGCUACCAUAUAAAUCCAGUAAGCAUUUUGUUGAUUAUAUGCAUCUCAGAAAAAUGCAGUUGUUCUGUUGUCUUCAGGCAAAGUAUUGUAAAUAAACGGAAAGAAAAAAGGCUCCACCUGUUGCUUGCUGAUGCAGUCCGGGAUUGUUGGAAAGUUCGGGGCAAUGCUUUCUCCCAUUUUUGUAAUAUAAUUGACACGGAUGUCACUUGAGUAUCUGGUUACAACUCAUAAUGGAUUUGACAAACCUUGGUUCACAAGUUGCGUCAGUAAGGUGAAGUGUUAAAGGAGCCUGAACAAACAGUCACAUGUUCGAAGAAUAAAAUCUGAUUUUAUUCCAAAAGCAGAGGCCACGAAUCUGCCAUCACAUAGUGGGUACAAUGCAAUCAGAAUGUACAUUGUGUUAAUGCUAUUUUUCCUUUGGUUAUUGAUGUUGUUUUAAACGUGGAGAUAUUUUAUUGCUUGUCUGUUAUGUUCACUUUUUUCAAUAGAAAACUCAUUUUCUUUAUGCAUGAAAUUUGAGAUACAUGAAGUUUGCCAUACAUAUAGUCAGUUAUUGGGCAUUGAUACUGUACAUGUAAGGGUUUUAUUGUGUUAUGCAAUAUAAAGCAAUUUGUCUUAUUUAGAAGAGGAAAAAGUAAUUAAAAAAGCAACACACCAUAUAUAGUUCUUAAGAAAAAAAACUUCACACUUGCAAAAAACAAUAGACAACAAAAAAAGAACAUUUUUUAAAUGCAAUGCUGGACAACCUCAAGUGCCUGAAUGAAGGCAAAAGGUUUCCAGAGUAGGAAAACUGAUGAUGAAGCUGUUGGGGCUGGGCCUCUCAUCAACUUCCUGUUUGCAGGUUUCAAAUUAAAAGCCCAUCUCUCACUCAGCAGCUCUGAUAAAAAACAUCAGUCUUCCUAAAACCAAACCGUUUACAAACUUUUUUUUCAAUGCAGAGAACAAUUGAACAAAUGCCAGACGCUUAAGGCUUUUUUUUCUGAAUGAGUGCUUUUUUUCUUGAUUUGAAAUCAAUGAUAUGCAUGUCCAACAAUUUUGUAGAAGACAUUGAAAAGCCACUCGCUUCAGUGAAUUGUUACUUUGAGUUGUAUAUAAAGACUUCAGUGUUUGUUCCCGGUUUGUUGACUUGUCCUGAGGCAGACAUGUCGAGGAUAAUUAAGAGGGCAUCGUGUUAAAAGCCCUUUUCUUAUCUAACAUUACUGAUGUUGCUCAGAGAACAACACUGCGUCUGCCACUUUAGCAGACCUAAAAUUGGUACAUUUUGUAGUUGUUUUUACACUCAAAAGAGUUGAUAGCCUAUGUGUAGUUUACUUUAUUCAUGGUUUUCUACAAAAUAACGGAGACAAUAACAACAUUGGCUCUUCACUCUCCCACACAAAAAGAAAAAAGCAGUUUAACAAAGUCUUGUUUUCUAAAGGAGAAUCAUUUUGCUAAAUAAUGGACGGUAAAGCAGCAAUAACAGUCCAUAUUAAUAGACAAUUACUAGCCAGUGUGAAGAUUUGAAUAAGAAUUUACAAAUGUAAAUAUGUUUUUCAUUUACGAUAUUGUAUAAUAUAUGUACAUGGUGUUUCCUUUUUCAAAAAGAAAUCUUUUCUUACAAUAGCUGUCUUGUUUUUGUUUUUAUGAAUUUGUGUUUUAACUGAUAUGUUUAAAAAAACAGUUAAUGCAGUGCGUAAGAGAAUAUUCCCUACAUAAACAUGUUAAUCCAUUUCUUUUCUUUUUUUUUACUGUAGUCUUUAUAUUGAAUGACUUUUUUCACCAGUUCAUAUAUAUUUUUAACAGUGUGUUCAGUAUCAGAUAGCAGACCUACAGUAUGGGUUACACACACACACACACACACAAGAACACAUGACUACGCCAACUUGCAGAUUGUUUCCCUCUCAUCCUCAUGUAUCUUCUUAGCCCUGUGCUGCUGCUAAUACUAUAUAAACCUUACAAUUCUAGAAAUAUUUUUAUGUAAGAGGUAAAUGUAAGCUUUCCCAUUUAUUAAUGCCACAUAUACAGUAUGAAAAAAGCUUGGCGUAUUCAUCUAUCUCCCUUGUUUCCCUCAUCUUUUCACGCCUUUUUCCUCAUCCCUCCUCCAACACCCUUAUCCUUCUCUCACGACACGGACUAUAUUGUAAAGUAAAGGACUUUAUGAGAUUAUGUUUGAAAAUAGCUAUGCUUAUAUACUACAGUGACUGAAUGUACAGUGUAUAGAUGCAUUACCAGAAAUAAAGUUGUUUGUCCA